UACCAUGUGGCUAAACUUAAUGCGCAUGCGCAGAUUCUUUCUUCUUCAAUACAGUCAACAUGCCGAGAGGUCCAAAGAAACAUCUCAAGCGGCUAAAUGCCCCAAACCAUUGGAUGCUUGACAAGUUCUCGGGAAAAUUUGCCCCCCGACCCUCCCCUGGCCCCCACAAGCUGAGAGAAUGUAUUCCACUGGUGGUGUUCCUUAGGAACAGACUCAAGUAUGCCCUGACUGGAGACGAGGUCAAGAGGAUAGUCAAGCAAAGGCUCAUCAAGGUGGACGCAAAGGUCCGCACUGACCCCAACUUCCCAGCCGGCUUCAUGGAUGUGAUCUCCAUUGACAAGACCGGUGAGCACUUUCGACUGUUGUUUGAUGUCAAGGGACGCUUCACCGUCCAUCGUAUCAGCCCUGAGGAAUCAUCGUACAAGCUUGCAAAGGUACGACGUAUUCAACUGGGCAGGAAAGGUAUUCCCUUCUGUGUGACCCACGACGGGAGAACCAUUCGCUAUCCUGACCCCUCCAUAAAUGUCCACGACACUGUACGCAUCGAUCUCAGCACGGGAAAGAUCACAGAAUACAUCAAGUUCGAUAUUGGAAACCUCGUCAUGGUGACCGGGGGAAGGAAUUUGGGUCGAGUGGGACUCAUCACGAAUCGGGAGCGACAUCACGGCUCCUUCGAUAUCAUCCACGUCAAAGAUGCAGCUGGGCACACUUUUGCCACGAGAAUGGGCAAUGUGUUUGUGAUUGGGAAGAGCAACAAGGCGAUGGUGUCCCUGCCCAAGCAGAAGGGAGUCAGACUCACCAUUGCAGAGGAGAGAGACAGAAGGAUGGAUGCUAAGGCAGCUUGAGUGGCUAGCUAGAAACUGACUUUAUUGAUGUUUAUUAUGGCAAUUGUGAAAUCUUGUAUGUGGUCAAUUUUUCAAGACUAAUUUGUUAACAAAAUGAA